AAAUAACACUGAACAGUAUUCCUUUCCGUAAGAAUAAAGAAAGUUGCAGAACAUCCCUAUCAUCAAUUUCCAAAAAAAUAAAAAAAUCUUUGCAAUCACCAUAGGUCGGUAGGCACUAAACCGUACAUUAAAUAAAUAUUUAAGCAUAUUUUCUGAUCAUUAUCCAGAAGAAGUGACACAAAAACCCUAAAUCCCCAAUUUUUAAUAAGAAUUAUUAUUUUCUUUUAGGGCUGUUUUGCCGCCUUAAUUUCAAAAUUUACCGCUCCCUGUUUUGAGUUUCCCCCUAAUCAGUAAUCCGCCUUUAUAUAUUCUCCACAUUCCCCAACCCCACCCAUGAUAUAUAUAUAGUUUCAAAUCUAUUGUUUCAGAAACUAUCUCUCUCUUUCUCUCUAUGGUCUAAAAAUUUGUUUUUUUUUUUGUGGACAUGGAAGUGCAAGCUAUGCAGACACAGUCAAGCGAAGCCGUGCCGGAGGCUGAAGAGGGAGCAUUCGGCAGUCAUGAUAAGGUACGAGAAAUUAACGAGAGUUUUGUUGAUGAUCGAGAUAUGGAGGUUCAAGUGAAAGUCACGGAAAGUGAUGAGUGUGUGCGAGAGAAUAAAGAAAAUCCCGUUUUUAUUGAUGAUUGCGGUAUUGAGAAUCAAGUAAAAGUAUCUGAAUGUGGUGAGGGAAUACGGGUAAGUGAAAGAGACAGGUUUGAUGAUCGCGGUAUUGACGGUGAAGAGGAUGUCGUAAAAAGUGAUGAGAAAGUAUUGGCAAAUAGUGGGAAAGCAUCGGAAAGUGAUGAGAAAAUGCCCGAUAGUAAGGAUAGUUUUGUUGUCGGUGGCAGUAUCGAGGGUGAAAAGGAAGUCUUUGAAGGUGGUGAGAAAGUUUCCGAAAAUGACGGGAAAAUAUCGGAAAGUGAUGAGAAAGCACGGGAAUGUCAGGAAAGUUUUGUUGAUGAUUGCUGUGUCGACGGUGAAGUUAAAGUGUCCGAUAAUGGCCGGAAACUCUCCGAAGGUACUGCGAUAUUGCCAGAAAGGAAGGAGAGUUUUGCUGUUGAUUGCGGUAUUGAGGGUAAGAAGGUUGUGAUAGCCAGGGAUUCAGCUGGGGUCGUGGUCGGUAAUGGAGCUUCUGGCAACAAACGAGGAAGGCCUAAGAAGUCUUCGAAUCAAAGUCCGAAACUUUCGAAGGGGAAUGGUCAGGCUAAUAAUGGUCAAAGAAGGAAAAAAAAGAAGCUUCGGAAAGUUGAUGGGGAGAGUAGUGUUAGUGAAAGUGAGAAAGUUGAAAGGGUUGGUGUUAGUGGUGAUUCUGUUGAUAAGCUUGAAUAUGGUCCACUGAAGUCUAGUCUUAGGGUUAGAACAAAGGUCAGGUAUAUGGAAACAAUGGAGAUCGAUUUAUAUGACAAGGAUUCUAAAAUAAAGAAGGGUCGAGUAAGGGGUGGUGUAAAGAAGAAUGAUUUAGAGAGAGAAGUCGUGAACGAUAGCAGUAAAAAGGAGGAUUUGACAGGAGGUCGAUUGGAAAAUAAAAGGAGGAUAAAAAAUGAGGAUUCCUUAAUGUGCCAUCAAUGCCAAAGGAACGACAAAGGCAGGGUUGUUAGAUGUAAACAGUGUGAGAGAAAGCGGUUUUGUAUACCUUGCAUACAGAACUGGUAUCCUAAUACACCUGAAGAGGACAUUGCUGAGUCAUGUCCUGUAUGCAGGGAAAAUUGUAACUGCAAAUCCUGCUUGCGCUUAGAUGUGCCCCUGAAGAAAUUGACAAAGAAGGAAGUUAAUGUUAGCAAUGAUGAUGAAAUUGAGUAUUCUAGGUAUUUGCUUCAACACAUUAUUCCAUUUAUGAGAAGACUAAAUGCUGAACAAGUGAUUGAAAGAGAGCUAGAGGCUAAAAGACAAGUAUUGGCAGGAAUAGCUGUGUCAGAGCUAAAGAUACAAGAAGCAGGUUGCUCUCAAAAAGAACGUGUGUAUUGCAACAACUGCAGAACUUCAAUAGUUGAUUUUCACAGAAGCUGUCCUAGAUGCUCAUAUGACCUUUGCCUCAUUUGCUGCCGCGAGAUUCGAGAUGGACACCUGCGCGGGGGUGGGGAGGAUGCUGUCUUUCAGUUUAUUAAUAGAGGCUUGGAAUACUUACACGGUGGUAAGCCUAAUAAACCUCAAGUCACUAUCUUUUCGGACAGUGUAAGGCCAACCUCUGAGUGGAAAGCAAAUGAUGAUGGAGGAAUUCCAUGUCCUCCAAAGGAUAUGCAUGGUUGCAGUGAUGGUCUCCUGGAACUGAGAUGCAUUUUUUCUGAAAAUUUUGUCUCUGAUUUGGUAAAGAAAGGAGAAGAAAUGGCAGAAACUUACAAUCUAAUUGACAUGUCUGAAAUUCCUGGACAACAAUGUUUGUGCUCCAGUUCAAGGGAUGUGAGUCAAUUGAACAAUGGAACAGUAAGGAAGGCUGCUUCUCGAGAGGAUUCGGAUGACAAUUAUUUGUACUGUCCAACAGCCAUAGAAAUCCAACAAGAGGAUCUAAAACAUUUCAGGUUGCAUUGGAGUAGAGGUGAACCUGUAAUUGUUAGUAAUGUGCUUGAAACUACUUCAGGUUUAAGCUGGGAACCGUUGGUCAUGUGGCGAGCAUGUCGCCAAAUGAAUCAUACCAAGCAUAGUAAACAUUUGGAAGUCAAGGCAAUUGAUUGUUUGGAUUGGUGUGAGGCAGACAUUAAUAUCCAUCAAUUCUUUACUGGGUAUUUAGAAGGUCGGUUUGAUUUUAAAAACUGGCCUCAAAUACUGAAGCUGAAAGAUUGGCCUCCAACUAAUUUAUUUGAAGAGCGUCUGCCCCGUCAUAAUAUGGAGUUUUUAUGUUGCUUGCCAUUUAAGGAAUACACACACCCUCAUAAUGGUUUUCUAAACCUGGCUGUCAAACUGCCCAAGAAGGCUAUAAAACCAGACAUGGGACCCAAGACAUACAUUGCAUAUGGUAUUCAGCAAGAGCUUGGACGGGGAGAUUCUGUAACCAAGCUUCAUUGUGACAUGUCUGAUGCAGUGAAUGUUCUGAUGCACACUGCUGAUGUUAGCUUCACACCUGAGCAACUUACUGUUAUAGAAAACCUGAAAGAGAAGCACAAUAAGCAAGACCAAAGAGAAAUUUUUGGAAAUGAUCAGACUGUGGAUAACGAGGUUGAUGAUAAAAAAUCUGUAAAGAAGAAAGAGGCAAAGUUAGGGCAAGAUAAAAGUGGUCAUAGUAUUGAUCACUCGCUAAAUUUUGAAAAUAAACUGCAAAACUUGGAAAUGGCCGAGGGUGGUGCUCUUUGGGACAUUUUCAGGAGAGAGGAUGUUCCCAAGCUGCAGGAAUAUCUGAAACAGCACUUCAGAGAAUUCAGGCAUGUUCACUGCUCUCCAUUAGAACAGGUUAUUCAUCCCAUACAUGACCAGACCAUUUAUUUGACUAUGGAGCACAAAAGGAAACUCAAGGAGGAAUAUGGAAUUGAACCAUGGUCUUUUGUUCAAAAACUUGGAGAUGCUGUCUUCAUACCUGCUGGUUGUCCCCAUCAAGUCAGAAAUUUGAAGUCCUGCAUAAAGGUUGCACUUGACUUUGUCUCGCCAGAAAAUGUUGGUGAGUGCAUUCGAUUAGCAGAGGAAUUCCGAGAACUUCCCAUUAGUCACAAGGCCAACGAGGACAAAUUGGAGGUGAAGAAAAUGACCCUUUAUGCAACGUUGUCGGCUUUGAGAACUCUGGAUCCAGAUUUAAACCUUGGUUUGCUUUCAGAAACAAGGUCUGAAACAACUGGGUCGAAGCGAAAAAAGAUCACCCAGUCCUAAUUACUUUCAACUUAACUAUUCACCAUACUUACGACUGGUAUAAUUUUCUCCAUUGUUUUUGGAGUUGUUUAUUGUAUCAAAAUAGGCUACUCUGCCCACGUGCCAGGAGUUCUCUGAUUUUGUCUAGUAGUAUUGGCAGAGUUUAGGUGGCACAAGGAAAAGUUAAUUCACUUUUGUGAGAAACUCCUUCUGUAGAUAGAUAUAUUAGGAAGUAAUAUAAUGUACCUCUAUAAAAAUGUAGUGAGUAUAUUCGGAAUGACUGAUCUUUCUUGUAAGACUACGGAAUCGACGUGUAGCCAUUAAAGAUCGCCAACUCAAGUAGCUCCAUCUCAAUUUAUGUGGUAUCAUUUUAUUCCA